GGCGCUCGGCCGGGGGCGGGGGGCGCCGCGGGUCGGUGUGAACGCGCUGAUUGGCUGGCGGCGGCGCGGGGAGGCCUCCGAUUGGCUGCGGCGCGCCUCCGCCCGGCGUCCUCGGCACGCGCCGCCGCCCGCCUCGCCGUCCGGUCAUGGUGCUGGGUCGCGGGCUGCUCGGCCGCCGGAGCCUCGCCGUCCUGGGAGCCGCCAGCGCCCGGGGUCCCGUGCUGCCGGCAGCCGUCUCCCACCUUGCCGCCGUGAGGAAGGAACUGAGUGUGAAGCAGGGCGCCAUGAGGGUGGAGCUGCUGCCCGCGCUGACCGACAACUACAUGUACCUGAUCACCGAUGAGAGCACCAGGGAGGCGGCCGUGGUGGACCCUGUGCAGCCCCAGAAGGUUGUGGAGACGGUGAAGAAGCAUGGCGUGCGGCUCACCACCGUGCUGACCACCCAUCACCACUGGGACCACGCUGGUGGCAACGAGAAGCUGGUCAAGCUGCUUCCAGGGCUGAAGGUGUACGGGGGCGAUGACCGCAUUGGGGCCUUGACUCACAAGGUCACACACCUGUCCACACUGCAGGUGGGGUCUCUCAUCAUCAAAUGCCUGUCGACACCGUGCCACACUUCCGGACACAUCUGCUACUUUGUGAGCAAGCCUGGUAGCUCAGAGGCCCCCGCCGUGUUCACAGGAGACACCCUGUUUGUGGCCGGCUGUGGGAAGUUCUAUGAGGGCACAGCGGACGAGAUGCACAAGGCCCUGCUGGAGAUCCUGGGCCGGCUCCCCCCAGACACAAAAGUGUACUGUGGGCAUGAGUACACCAUCAACAACCUCAAGUUCGCACGCCACGUGGAGCCGAACAACGUUGCUGUCCAGGAGAAGCUGGCCUGGGCCAAGGAGAAGUACGGCAUCGGGGAGCCCACUGUGCCGUCCACCAUCGCGGAGGAGUUCACCUACAACCCCUUCAUGCGAGUGAGGGAGAAGAGUGUGCAGCAGCACGCGGGUGAGACGGACCCCGUGACCACCAUGCGGGCCAUUCGCAAGGAGAAGGACCAGUUCAAGGUGCCCCGGGACUGAGGGCAGCGCCCCCGCCCCGCCCCCACCCUACCUGCAGAGGCAUUUGGGUGUAAUGAGGCUUUAGAUAACUCUCUUUCCUGUGAGCGGCGCAGGAAAUGCAGCCCUGGUUUGAUUUUAAAUUAAUUUCAGAGCCCUUUGCUUAUGUUGUCAAAUGUUCUGAAGCAUAUUUAUAAGAGAAGUUUUAAAAAGUAUUUAUUCCUGUAAUUGCUGCUUGAAGACUGACGUGCUCUGUGGCCUCCACGCUCGAGCCUCCCGGGUGGUGCCCUGCGUCGUCCCUUUUGGGGUGGGGGACACGCUCCUCAUCCCGCUCCUUGCCCUGGUGCUGCUAGGAAAGCCGGGGUUCCACCUCCAGGCCCCUCCAUAGCCCCCCUUGUCUGCUCCUGUGCAGUAAUGCCUGCGUCUAGAGGGUUCCUGCUUGUGUUGUCUUUCACGAAGUCUUUCCGGUAUAGACGUAUAACGAAGUGACUGCACCCUGUGAGAGCAGAACCCGGGUGGAAGGCCGAGAACCCUCCCAGGCUGGGGUGCAGCGGUGUAAAGCGUGGCACUGAGCCAUCUGGAGCGUCCGCCAGGGAGGAUGGCACUUGCUUCCGGCCCGUCCCGUGUAGCUGUCCAGCGCAUGGCUUCCAGUUUCUGGAGGCGCUGACGGGGCAAUGCCGGGCGCUCACCUGCAGGGCCCACACGGUCCCCUUGCUUCUGACCUUCGGGGCCUCUGUGGCCCCUUGCUCGGGGCCCGACACACACCAGCCCCCCAGCCGGGGAGAGGCCGCCCCUGAGCUGGCUCGCGUGGGUUUGUCCCACUCAGGCUUCCCAUUCUGGGGCCCCGGGUAGGUGCAGCAGCCUCCACCUGCAGCCUGGCUCGGACACGGGGACGUCCAGGCAGACCUUGGGGUGCAGUGGGGCAGCCUGGGGAGGGAAGGCAGAGGCAGCCCCACCCUGGGCGAGUGGGGCCCUGGAGGGGUCCCCACCUCGGGGGUCUCCCAGUGACGGGUGGAGAGGACGGCCGGGGCUCCCCUCCCGCGUGCAGGGAAGAGUGAUGGCUCCCACCAAGCUCACUUCCAGAUCUCGAGGUUCCCCUCUGCCUGUGACGAUUUUUCUUUGGCUUUGAUAGUGCCCAGGCCCCCCCGGCUGUGCUGGGAGGCCAGUCACCCCGUCGCGGCGUGUACCGCCGCAGUGUGAUGAGCCCUAAUAAAUGCUUUUCCAUCCA